AAUUUGAAGAUAAUUAAAUAAUGAUGGCUGCAUCCAUUCCAGUUUCUGUGAUAGGGCCUCACUUUACGGCACCAUAUCCCUUCGAUAUCAUAGUUGACACAAAUGCUGGUGGAAACCUUGUGAUCACAGAUGUUAACCACAAGAUCAUACUCAAAGUACAAGCAUGCGACACAACUUUCCAUCAUAAGCGAGUGCUACUCGACAACAACGACACACCCAUCGCUACGCUCCGGGAGAAGAUCAUGAGUAAUCAUAAUCGAUGGAAAGUAUUUAGGGGUAACAGUACGUCCAGUUCGGAUAUGAUAUUUAGCACAAAACAACCGAACAUGAUCCAGUUUAAGACCAGUUUACAUGUGUUCUUGGCGAACAAAACGAGUAGCAAGGAUGUUUGUGAUUUCAAGAUCAAAGGAAGCUGGUCGAAGAGAAAGUGCACGAUUUAUACGGGAGAUUCUUAUCAUUCUUCGACCAAAAUAGCCCAAAUGCACAAAAUGAAACCAUCCAAGAACAAGAAGUUCAAUAAGGGUAAAUUCACGGUGACAAUUCAGCAGAACGUGGAUUAUGCAUUCGUGGUCGCACUUAUUGCUAUUAUCGAUGCUAUGAAAAGAACAGAUGAUGAAUAUGCUGAGCAAAUUAUUGGAUCUGUGAAUCAAGUUAUUGUUGCAACAGCGUAAUAGUUGCAUGACAUUCAUUUCCAGAUCUGUUUAUUAAUUCAUAAUUUACCUCAUCAUCACGACCGGUCCAAAGCUUUUUGAUGGCGUGGAAGGAAAUGUUAAAACAUGCUCCAACUAGAAAUAAAAACACAAAUAUAUUUUAGGAUUUAUAAAACUAUUCAAAUUGUGUUCAUCAAUAACCAAUCAUUUGCACAAUUUCUUUCAAUAAAAUGGUGUAAAACUUUGUAUGUUC